UGCCAUUCAGAUGACAUGAAGCGGCUGCAGCUGUUGACUAACACAUGGUGAGGAAAGGAUGAAGCAGGGGAAGAUAAAAGAAAGAAGGAAAAUGGUGCCGAGGGAGGAUUAAUCGAAUCCAAGAGAUCUCUGACGUCCGCUGGAACACGAGCAGAUCCUUCCUCCUCUCUGUCUCUCUGUUCCUCUCACUCGAAACCGGACGGAGCGUUUAUAAUUGCAUUUAAGACAAACCCUAAAGUCGGGAAGUAGACGCAAGACGAGGUGGGAAAAGGGAGAGACUUUCCCUUCAAUCUUGUUUGAGGUGCCACUUUCUGGACUGGCGUUGCGAUGUCUUCGUUGUCGGAGUCGGUGUUGCGAUUCGACUACAGGUUGCAGCGGGCGAAGUGGGAAAGAUUAGCGUGAGGGAAGUUGCAGGCGAGGAAAGAUCAGAUAUUCAGCUGCUUUGGUGAUCCUUAGUUUUCAUUCCUGAAGAAAGAUCUAGCCUUGUUUCCACGUUGGUUUGAUUUUUUUUUUCUUUGGGCAUUUGGAUAAUCACUGGUUUCUCUUCCUUUCGGGUUGCUAUUUUUGGCUUGGAUAGCGAGGAAAGAUUUGGUGGAUUUUAGUUUAUAUUUCUUUGUAUAAGAUUCGCUUGUUCGGGAGUUAGUUGAAUGGACUAAUCCAUUUACCUUGGCUCUUCCACCACUUGGAAUUCAUCGUCUUGCCAUAUGUUUGAAGCGAAGGUUGUUUCCUCUCCUUCUUCGUUUACACAUCUGCAGUGUGAAAUCUGUAGAAUCGUCCCGAUUUAAGCAUCAUUUUUAAGGCUCCGUUUGGCAUCUUAAACCAUGGUGCCACCAGGGUCUUCGAAUUCCAUUGGCGGGGCUCAGUCUGUUAACCCCUCCCUUCUCCGUUCAAAUUCUGGCUUGCUUGGAGGAUCCCAGUCAGCUUCAGUCCCAUCUCAGUCUCCUUUCUCUUCUCUGGUCUCCCCUCGGACCCAGUUAAACAGUAACAGCUUGCUUGGUAAUGUAACAAAUAUCCCACCACUUAGCAAUUCAUUCGGGAAUGGAGGGCCUAUUGGUGGACUUUCUUCAGCACCAACGAGUGUCCAGCAGCGUGCUGGAUUUGGUGCUGUUGAUACAGUUGGCUCAGCCGAGCUUAAUCCUAUGCCAUUCACAUCUUCGUCAGGUCAAGGACAGGGACAACAACAAUGUUUCCAAAACCUUUCAACCAACCAACUUGGUGCAAAUCAACCGCAGGCUAAAAUGGAUGCAAUGCAGAAUUUCCAGCAGCAGAUCUCUCUUCCUCAAAAUCAGCAGCAGCUUCUUCGGGGAGGAUUGAGUAAUGUGGGUCACAUGGUGCCUGUUAAGAUGGAGCCACAGAUGGGGCCUGUUAAGUUGGAGCCUGUUAAAUUGGAGCCUCAAAUGGGACCUAAUAAUCAGAUUGGGUCAUCACAACAAUUACAGACAUUAUGUGGCAUUGGUGCAGUAAAAAUGGAGCCGCAACAAUUACAAUCCCUGAGAAGCUUAGGCACUGUUAAAAUGGAAAAUCAACAUUCAGAUACAUCAAUGUUUCUGCAACAUCAGCAGCAGCAGCAGAUUUUGCAGCUAUCAAGGCAGAACACUCAGGUUGCUGCAGCAGCUGCACAAAUGAAUUACUUGCAGCAACAAAGGAUUUUGCAGUUGCAGAAACAGCAACAACAGCAGCGGCAGCAACAGCAGCAGCGGCAGCAACAGCAGCAGCAGCAGCAGCAGCAGCAGCAACAACAACAACAACAACAACAACAACAAAUUGUUAAGAACCUCUCUCAGCAACGAAAUCACGAACGAGCAUUAACUCUAUAUUUACUCCGGCGAUCUCUUUGCGGAUCGUUGCAGGGCUCCGAGAAUGGGCAGCGAGGAGGAGACGAAGAAGCGGCUUUCCGUCAACCUUCCAUCCAAGCUCAAGAUCCUGCUUCUGUGGCGUCGACCAAUUUGGUCACCGUCUACCUCUGCUCCGGCGGAGGCGCCGCCAGCCCGCUCGACGGCGCUCUGUUCCUGGAGCUCAACGCGACGCAGCGGAAACUCGCGGAUAGCCAAGUAGAGCUGGUGCAGCUCCAGAAUCGGCUCGCCACCGCGAGCGGCCUCCUCGAGAACCUCCUCGGCGCCCAACGGCACGGAGAUCGGGGGAGGGAGGAGGAGGAGGAUUGGCCGGAGGAACUGAAGCUGGCCGUGGGCCCUCACAAGCUUCCUCUGGGUCGUAGCGGAAACCUCGGCACUGACGAGCUGUUCCCGGCGAUGGGCUCUGCCUGCCGGCGGUUCCGAGAGGAGCUGACCCGGUACAUGACGUACGAGGUGGGGAAGCAGUGCCCCUCCGACGCCGCCUUUGCGCAGCGCCUGAUGCUGAAGGGCUGCGAGCCGCUUCCGCGGCGGCGCUGCCACCCGCCGUAUCCGAAGGGGUAAAUUUCCCCCAAAUGGGAGACUAUUUUUUAUCCCCUGUUAAUCCUCUGUUUCCGCCAUUACAGGUAUGUGGAACCGGCGGCGCUUCCGGAGAGCCUAUGGACGA